GCAAUCUGCACUCAAAGUCAAUAACCAAGUACCAACUGAUAUUGCUGGCUUUCUAGUUGCUGCGAUGGCUUCUUUUCUCAAACCCCAUAUAUCAAUAUCUCUUUGUUGAUCAAACUCAACUACCAAAGCCAACACUCAGAGAUCUGAGAUCAUAUACAGUACACAACCAAUGAUCUCAGGCAGCCCUCAAGGUCCUCUAUAUAAAAGUGGUUCGGACGUUCGGUGUUGUCUCCACUAUCCACCACCAGUUCUCGCAUUUGCAUGCCAAUAAUAUGAAGGAAAUCGUGAUAAAAGUCAAUAUUAAUUGCCAGAUUUGCAAGACAGAUGUACUAAAAGCCGUUACCAAGCUUACAGGAAUAACUAUGGUGGUAGUAGAUGGUGAGAAGGGAUUACUGAGAGUUGUGGGAGAUGUUGAUCCAGUGUUGGUGGUGAAACGACUAAGGAAGGCCAGAAAAGUAGCAGAAAUUAUAAGUGUUGGACCGCCGAAGCCUUCAGAACCUAAGCAAAUUCCUUCUGUAUUCCUUCUUCCUCCAUGUUGUAAUCAGUGUGAGCUUGUUGGGGUCAUCAGCUAUGUUCCUCAUUUUGAUGGUGGAGUGUGCAACAUCCUUUGAGGAGCAGAACUUCAAUAGUUCAAUAUAUUCAUGAAUUUGCAAUAUUCAUUCCUCCAUGAUGUUAUAGUAACUUGAUAAUACCCCGUAUGUAAGAGUGAAUUUCAUCAUAUA